AUGGAGCCGUUUCAGGUGCGCCUCAACUGUAUCGAUCAUUAUCAAGCGACCGCGUCGGAAUUAGAUCCUCCGCUGCCUUUUCGCGAUGGCGAGACUGAGAAAAACUUUAAGCCUAAAGUGCCCGUGAUUCGAGUAUUUGGCGCCACCGAGACCGGGCAGCGAGUCUGCGUUCAUGUCCACGGCGCAUUUCCAUACCUCUAUAUUGAAUACAAUGGGCCGUUGACGCCAGAAGAAGUGAACUCCGCAAUCCGAAGUCUUCAUCUUUCGAUCGACCAUGCUCUGGCUAUCAGCUUCCGUCGGAAUGCAUACGACAGGAUGACCGCUUUUGUGGCUCAUAUCACCCUGGUGAAGGGUGUCCCAUUCUAUGGGUAUCACGUGGGAUGGCGGUUCUUCUUCAAGAUCUACCUUCUGAAUCCUUUGCAUAUGAAUCGCCUUAGGGACCUUCUGCACCAGGGAGCUGUGAUGAAACGACCCCUCCAACCGUACGAGGCGCACAUGCAAUACAUUCCGCAAUGGAUGUGCGAUUACAACUUGUACGGAUGCGCAAUCAUGAAUUGCAGCACCGUCAAGUUCCGAUCACCGAUACCUGAGUAUCUCGAACUCAGCAACCUCGACCAUCGCUGGCACGACCGGUCAAUUCGACCCGAAAGUAUCCUUCAGGACCCUGCGCUUCAAAAACAGAGCAAUUGUGCACUCGAGGUCGAUAUCUGUGUACAAGACAUCCUGAAUAGAUUGGAUGUCAAAGAACGACCGCUACAUCACGACUUCACCGAGCUUUUGAAACCGGUUGCAUUCAAUGAGCGACUUGUUCCGAGCAUGGCUGGACUAUGGCAGGAUGAAACUCGCAGACGCAAGAAGAAGAUGGGCAUAACUGACCCCGGAAGUACUCCGUUUGGACCUGAAGAAUUGAUUUCCAUGUCGGCAGACCCAAGAAAUCAAUCAAGGGGUGGCUGGAUCCACGAGGAAGAGUUCCGGGAGAUGGCCUCGCAACUUGCUGCCAACGAGAAACGCGAAGCCGGCAAUAAAGAGACUUCAUUUGAAACAUUUUUGGAUAUUGAUGAACAGGCGAAAAACAUUAAGACAGCUUUGGACAGUGUCGAAGACUUUUACCCUAAAAAAUUCGGGGCGUCUAAUUUUGAUAAAAGUCACUACCAGGGACCAGCUGGACAGAUUGCACCAGAGAUCUCGGUUGAUGAGAGUCUCGCUUUGUCCUCUCAAGCCGAUGGGCAGUAUCGUUCAAGUAAUGAUAUUGAGGGCGAGUCUUCGGGCGAAGAUACAGAACAUGAGCCUGACCUAAACGAGGGGCCUUUGGGCGAUAGCUUCUACGAUGGAGUUUUCGAUGAAUUUCCCCUUUCAGAUGUUAUGGCACCCACAGAGUCCGCUCAACCAGAUGGCUCGAAAACAGCAUUGAAUGACAAGCUCAAGGACGGGGUUUCGACGGAGGCAGACCAACCUCUCGAAACGAGACCAAGAAACCAUAGUCAAGGCGGAACCGUCGCAUCCAAAAGGCAACGCUUCGAGAUCUCCGAUUCCGACAAGCCGCCGACUAAAAGGCCCAAGCCUCUUCUCAAUGGCGGAUCGCCCGAUGGCCGCGAGCCAAAGCAAGAUGGGGAUGAGAAGCAGCGAAGUGUUUCAUUCGAGAGCAAGCCUAAUGCGCAUACGGAAACUCCAUCGGAACCCAAGUCAUCUUCCUCGCAAAGAACGGUCCGCCCAAAAUCGUAUAGUCAUAAUAGCCGGCUGAAAUACCCGGUUGUUAAAGACCCAAAUGAUCCUUUGACCGUUAUGCGGUUCAGCCAGGACGAUGGCCAUUGUUCCCAGAAAGGCUCCCAAUCCUCCCAACAAUUGCCGAGCUCGUUUCCUUCCGGAUCUGCCACUGAAAUCUCAAGCAAAGCCAGUGGAAUCGCGAGUUCUUCGGAGUUACAUUCCUCUUCAACAGUAAUGGGCCCAAUCUCACUCGAUCCACAUCUUGCUGAGACUAUGAGAAACAUUCAUAACUCAUUUAACCUUUCUCCAAACGCACCCUUGAGUUGUUUCAGAUUUGCAAGCCCGACUUCGAAAGAGGUUGCUUCAACAAUAAACGAUCACGGGCGUCCCUCCGUUGUAUACCAGAAAGCGUAUUACAGCGAGGAGGCGGAUGUUCCUGAACGACCAAGAGAAUACGGCGGCAGAGAGUUCCGGCUGGAGAGCAACACCAUCCACUACCUGCCGGAAUUUGAACCCACAGGAAACGCUCCUGCAAUGUUCGGUGAACAGCUACCAAUAACUCAUGACCGGGAUCAGCAAGCUAGAACUGAUCAGCAACUCCGAGAAGAGUGCAAUGCCAGAGUCUGGGAGUUUGCUCCUCUUCCACCUAGCCGGUCAGAAGUCAUCAGGUGGUUCGAGGAAAUGGAAGCCUCUCAAGCAUCCAAACCAGGAGAGCCAAUUCAACCCAAGCCAGUUGAAGAAAAAUCAGACCUUCUCUCCCAGAUAGAAGGCCCCACGCAAAAGAACCCGUAUGGCUUCAAAUACUCCCAGAAAGGAAAGUCCACCAGCGUGGAACACCAGACUCAAUACAUGAGCACAAUGAGCCUAGAAGUGCAUGUGAAUACGCGCGGAGCGCUCUUGGCCAAUCCAGAGGAAGAUGAGAUUACGUGCAUGUUCUGGUGCAUUCAAUCUGAAGAUGAAGAGCUCGAGAUCAAUAGCCAUCUUCCCGGCGUUCAUGUUGGGAUGGUUUAUCAUGGCGAGGGAGAAAGACCGGAAGACAAAGUAUCAAAGGUGCUGAGAAUUGAUGUCGAGCACGAAACCACCGAACUUGAUCUGAUAAACCGACUGGUAGACAUUGUUCGGUACCAUGAUCCGGACAUCAUCACGGGUUACGAAGUUCACAAUGCCUCCUGGGGGUAUAUAAUCGAACGGGCCCGCAAAAAGUACGACUUCGAUAUUUGCGAAGAGCUGUCCAGGACGAAGUCUCAAUCCCAUGGAAGAUUUGGGAAGGAGGCAAAUAAAUGGGGAUUCGACCAUUCAUCUUCCAUUACCAUCACUGGCCGGCAUAUUUUCAACAUUUGGCGCGCUAUGAAAGGCGAGCUGAAUCUGCUUCAGUAUACAAUGGAGAAUGUCGUCUUCCAUCUUUUGCAUCGCCGCAUUCCCCACUAUUCUCCUCAAAACCUGACGCAGUGGUACCAGAGCGGGAAGCCUCGCAAUCUACUCAAAGUCAUGGAUUACUUUAUCUCACGAGUGCAGCUGAACCUGGAAAUCCUCGAGGGCAACGAGUUGACACCACGAACGAGUGAGCAAGCGAGAUUGCUAGGUAUCGAUUUUGCUUCAGUGAUUUCUCGAGGCUCUCAAUUCAAAGUUGAGUCUUUGAUGUUCCGAAUCGCGAAACCAGAGAACUUUCUGCUUGUUUCACCGAGUAAAAAGCAAGUCGGGCAGCAGAAUGCGUUGGAAUGCUUGCCAUUGGUCAUGGAACCACAAAGUGGUUUCUAUACCAGCCCACUGCUGGUGCUUGAUUUCCAGUCACUCUACCCGAGCGUCAUGAUCGCAUAUAAUUACUGCUAUUCGACGUUCCUUGGCAGAGCAGCGCAUUGGCGUGGAAGGGACAAGAUGGGCGUCUUGGAUUACCAGCGACAGCCUCGGCUUUUGGAGUUGCUCAAAGACAAGAUCAAUAUCGCACCAAAUGGCAUGAUGUAUGCGAAGCACGAAGCGCGCCAGUCAUUAUUAGCCAAGAUGCUCUCAGAGAUCCUCGAGACUCGAGUGAUGGUCAAGAGUGGCAUGAAGGCCGACAAGGAUGACAAGGUGUUGCAACGACUUUUGAACAACAGACAAUUGGCCCUCAAGCUCAUUGCCAACGUUACGUAUGGCUAUACAUCUGCUUCAUUCUCUGGACGAAUGCCCUGUUCAGAAAUUGCAGACAGCAUCGUCCAAACCGGGCGAGAAACACUGGAAAAGGCCAUUGCAUUCAUUCACUCAAUCGAACGCUGGGGCGCCGAGGUAGUCUACGGUGACACAGACAGUCUAUUCAUCUACCUCAAAGGCCGCACCCGAGACCAAGCCUUCGAUAUCGGUGAAGAAAUCGCCCAAGCAGUAACUGACAUGAACCCCAGACCAGUGAAACUCAAAUUCGAAAAGGUCUACCACCCAUGCGUACUCCUAGCCAAGAAGCGCUACGUGGGCUUCAAGUACGAACACCGCACACAAACCGAACCCGAAUUUGACGCCAAAGGCAUCGAAACAGUCCGACGCGACGGCACACCCGCCGAACAAAAGAUCGAAGAAAAAGCCCUGAAAACCCUCUUCCGCACAGCAGAUCUCAGCCAAGUCAAAUCCUACUUCCAGCGCCAAUGCGCCAAAAUAAUGCAAGGCCGCGUCUCUAUCCAAGACUUCUGCUUUGCAAAAGAGGUCCGCCUAGGCACAUAUAGUGACCGGGGCCAACUCCCCGCCGGCGCAAUGCUCAGCACAAAGCGUAUGCUAGAAGAUCCGCGCUCGGAGCCACAGACCGGCGAGCGAGUCCCCUACGUCGUUGUCACCGGUGCACCGGGAUCAAGACUCAUCGACCGCUGCGUCGCGCCUCAGACUCUCUUGCAUGAUGCGCAGCUGGAGCUGGAUGCGGAGUAUUACAUCACUAAGAACCUGAUCCCGCCACUAGAGCGAAUCUUCAAUCUCGUGGGCGCGAAUGUCCGCCAAUGGUACGACGAGAUGCCAAAAGUACAGCGAAUCCGGCGAGUCGAUGCUUCAGCGCUUUCACGACCAAACCCAAACCCGAACACUGCCAUUUUUGGAGCAUCAAUGCGGAAGACGCUUGAAUCUUAUAUGCGGUCGUCGUCGUGUGUCAUCUGCCGAGCUCGGUUGUCUGAUACUACCGUUCCCGUCUGCGAGGAUUGUCUGAAACAGCCGCAUCUUGCGCUUUUGGAUGUUGUUUCGCGGUUGCAGAGGGCCGAGAAGCGGGUUGUUGAUUUGGAGGCUGUUUGUCGUUCUUGUAUGGUUGUUACCCCUGCUGAUGAGGCUAUUUUGGAGCCUAUUGUUGAGUUGUUGGAGCGGAAGGGGGAUGAGGGGUUGGAUUGGUAG